AACACCAUCAGUGAAAUUGAAGCGAAAAGUCCGCAGCUCGGCUAAAGUUUCAAAUAUAACGAGAUAAUAAUAAAUCCCCGACGAGUAUUGAUUUCGUUGAACAUAUGGAAGGGAGAAAAUAUACAUCAGAUUGCGGGAAAUAUUGUAGAUGAAAAAAAAAUAGUACAUAUUUUAUGAAACAAGGAUUGGAUAGUUAAUAAUUCACAAAACUAGCGUGCACGAUAGACUGAAACGCCGGGUUGUUCGCCCGGCGUGACUCUCGGUGCUUCAAUUUUCGCGCACCCAGCAAAUGGUUUGCAUGUUCCAUACUCCGCGAAGGAGGCAACUAGAUGGGCUUAUUGAAUCCGAAUGAUGUCCUCGCCGAAAGCCGUCUUCCAUUUCUGUUCAGCAGCCUUCUCGGUCUUCGAAGGAUCGAGUCGGGCGAUCGGCGGUGGUUUGGCUGCUUGUAUCCGAUCCUCCUGAUCAUCUUGUACAUCGGACUGUUCGUCAUGAUCCGGAAGGACAUUUGGCGCUACUACGAUUCACUGAACGAGGCGAUCUACUACUUCAAGGACCAGAAGCUGCAGAGCUGCCUGCACCUUGUUGUGGUGCCGGUACUCAUCUUAUCGAGCAUCGUCAGGAGCUCGGAUGACCUUGAGGGGUACAAGAAGCUCGACUGCGUCGACCGUCUUCUGUUUUACCUGAACGCCCCGAUCGACCACGCGGCUGGAACGAGAGAGGAAGUCAGCAAUCUCUGCGUCUAUGUCUUUCUAACCCUCGUCACCAACCUCUUGACGUACUUCGCUGUUGUCAUGGCGGGAUCCGGGGUGAAUUUUGACGUCGCGUGGAUCCUGAGCCACGUUCCGGUGCUUCUCGAGGUGGUGAUACUCUGCGGAUUCGUCGCUGUCAUUGCCAAGAUCCGCGUCCGUUUCGAACGGACCAACUCGGUCAUCGCUGAGACCCUGACGCCGAGGAAGAUCAGUGUCAUACUGGUCCAGUCAACGAGCUUUGAUAACGCUUCCAAACUUCGACUUGCCAGACGCGUGCACUUCCAACUCCACGACGUUGCGGCCGCUGUCAAUAAGACUUAUGGCUUUCGGAUGUUCUUCAUCUUCUUUGUCACCCUGUUCUCGAUCCUAAACCACUUCCGGAACGCUAUCGCUCUCCGCGACGAUCAGCUCGGCAUCAUGGACCUUGGCCUCCAUCUGGUGUGGAUAUGCUUCCACAUGGCGAAAUACUUCUACGUCGCGAAUGCCUGUCAUGCUACCGUUUCAGAGGGAAAACUGGCUGGCGGAUAUUUUCUAGGUGCACCAAUUGUUCGAGGACCGAGUGGCCUGAGCGAAGAGAUGGAAGCCUUCUCUCGGCAACUGGAUAACAAGCAGCUACAGUUCACGCUCGUCAGCGUUUUCGCUAUCGACAUACCCAAGGGAGUGACGAUCUUCAUUGCGGGUAUAACAUAUUUCUUGGUGCUAUGCUGAUUAUGGUGAGACGUUGCGGAAUUGCAUCACCACGUGGCUGAAGAUCUGAUGUAAUAACAAAUACGGCCAUCACCACCACCACAUGUACUGGGCAGCAGAUUCUCCGGCACUUCUCGCUCCCUCCAAUUCAUCACUGAUUACAUUGAACACGCUGCGUUUAAAUCUGCGGUUCUCUCUCUGAAACUGACUGCAAGCAGGAGGGGAAAUUUACUGUUGCUGAUCUCUGUGAAAGAAUAAAUU